UUUAAAUAAGCUUUGUCAAAAAACUUUAGUGUCAUUUCGUAGAUGAUGUGUAGAAAAAUGGAAUCCGUGGAUUCCCAACAUUACAUAGAAACAGAGAAAUUUAAGACGUUCGAUGCAGAACACAUCAAUAUUGGUUACCUUUCUCUUUAUACAAGUUUGUCUCCAGAUUCCACAUGGCCAACGGAUUCCCUCUUUAGAUUAUUCAAAUACUUUUUAGACUUUUCGUUUAUAACUGUUUUCCUUUGUUUUUCUUUUCUUUGGGGGGUGUUAGACAACACGCAAGAAGUAUUUUGUAAUGAUGGGUUACAUAAUAAUCACGUACCACAUAUCAUGGAAAUAUGUCAAGUGAUAAUGUGUGAUUGUGUGUGUAUCAAUUGUGUGACCAUUUUUUUAGCGCAAACUUAGUGAUUAUAUUAAUCUGAUUUUAUGACAUUUUUAUUUUAUACUUAUAUUAACUUUUAAAAUAAUGAAAUUAAUUAAGUAAAAAUAAAAAUAAUC